CUUAAUUCAAAGGAAAAAUAACGACAGUUCACCUGUUCACCAAGCAAAUCGUGUAGAAACAGAUCGCCGAGUCAACCAUGUCUUCUUCGUUUGAUGAUUCAGUCGCCGAUCCAGUUCACCUUUCCGAUGAUGGUUUCGUAGUUGAAGACUCUCCGGUUUUGGUUACCGAGGAGGAGCAGGUAUCUAAUUAUCCGUCCCCGACGCCGAUUUUCGUUUCUGGUGGAGGAUUAUCGCCCGAUCAGCCCGAAAUUUCAUCGUUUAACGAAAAUGGAACGCCAUUCGAAGGUGAGUAUAUGGCGUCAGAUGGAUCGGUUCUGCCCCCACUGUCGGAGAUGCAGCCUGAGGAGGGUUUUGCACUCAGAGAAUGGAGGAGAGAAAAUGCAUUGCGUUUAGAAGAGAAGGAGAAGAUAGAGAAAGAGUUGCUAAACCAAAUCAUUGAUGAAGCAGAUGAUUAUAAGAUCAAAUUCCACAGCAAGAGGAAAAUCACUUGUGACAAUAACAUAGCAACAAAUCGUGAAAGUGAAAAGGUAUAUUUGGCUGCAAGGGAAAAAUUCCAUGAAGAAGCUGACAAGAGUUACUGGAAGGCCAUUGCAGACCUUGUUCCAAAAGAAGUGGCUGUUAUAGAGACAAGAGGAUCAAAGAAGGAACAAGACAAGAAGCCUUCAGUUGCUGUUGUUCAAGGUCCCAAGCCUGGAAAGCCAACUGAUUUAUCAAGGAUGAGGCAGAUUUUAAUAAAACUGAAGCACAACACCCCUCUCCACCUCAAACACUUCUCACCACCAUCUGCCACCACCACCACCACCACCUCCACUGCUCCUCCUGCUGCAGAGGCUGUUGCUGUUGCCUAGUUUUUUUUUUAUCAUAUCUUGUUUUUUGUUGAUAUAUGAUUAGCUGAGAAAUUUGGAGAUUUAGAUGUUGAUUUAACUAUGAGUUGUGUUUUUUUUCCUUUUGUUUAUGGAACUAAAAUCUUAUCUGUCAAAUAUGGUUUAUGCAUGCGAGUGAA